AUGAAUCUCGCGAGCAGCCUUCGGGAACGUAAACUACUCGCCUUGCGCGAGAUCUGCGAGGAAGCGGGCGAUGAUGCACCUGAAUACAAUCUCGGCCUCCAUGUCGCAGCUCUCUUCGUUCUCUUAGCAGUCUCCUCCAUGGCAGCCGCAUUCCCGAUCUUCGCGACUAAAUUCUCAUUUCUACGAAUACCCAAUACUUUUUUCUUCAUCGUUCGUCACUUUGGAACGGGGGUUCUGAUAGCAACAGCUUUUUGCCACCUGCUGCCGACGGCAUUCAGCAACCUACAUGACCCUUGCAUGAACAAGUUCUGGACGGACACAUACGAGGCUAUGCCUGGCGCGAUAGCUCUUGCAUCUGUCUUUGUGGUGAUGUCGAUUGAAAUGCUCGUGAGCCCCUUCCGUCGAGGGUCCACGCUCGAGCUCAUGGAGAGUUCGGAUCCAAGGGUAGCUGAGUGCUGCGAGUCAUCUCAAAGAACUAUGGAUCAGAGUAAAAACGCAGAAGUUCAUCCUGUGCCGAUGGACAAGGCAGACUUGCCGAAGCGUGUGCAAGUGAUACUCUUAGAAGCGGGUAUUAUCUUUCACAGCAUCUUUGUAGGCCUCACAUUGAGUGUCACGACGGGAAGCGGUUUUAUAUCACUCUUUGUUGCCAUCAUCUUUCAUCAAACUUUUGAAGGGCUGGCUCUUGGAUCACGAAUUGCCGACGCUGGCUGGAGCAGCAGCUCGUGGCGACCAUGGGCCAUGGCCGUAGCCUACGGCUGCACACAACUUAUACCAGUCAACAGAACCCCCGCCGGCCAGGCAAUCGGCAUCGGCACGCACACACUAUACAGCCCUGACUCCGAGAUUGGCCACACGGUUGUCGGCUUUUUCAAUGCUGUAUCAUCGGGGUUCCUGCUUUAUGCCGCACUGGUUGAGCUCCUUUCAGAGGAUUUUCUGAGCAGGAAGAGCUGGUAUGAGAUGCGUGGUGGGAAGCGUGUGGCGGCCUGUGUCCUUCUCUUUGUCGGUGCCUUUCUCAUGGCUCUCAUCGCCUACUGGGCGUGA